UUGAAUUAACGAAAAGUGAGACGAGGGGAUGAAGAAAAUGGCGCACGAACUUUGAAAUGGCCGAGGAAAGAGAUUCCACCGGAUACGCUGUUGACCAAGAUGAUAACCAAAGUGGUUUUGAGCCUCCACAAAGCCCAAAACAUCAUAAAAAGGAUACCAAAAGAUAUGUCGCCUUUAGGUCUGAUGAUGACGAAUCUUCGGAGUUUGAAGUAGAAGAGACUCCAAGGAAGGAUAGAAAGAAGCCUAAAAAAGAUCGUUCAAACACAUUUAAAGAAAAAUUCAAGUCAAUUAAGGUGAAGAAAAGGGAUAAGGAAAAUAAAGAGAAGACCAAAGAAAAAGAAAAAGAAGAAAAAAAGGAAAAGAAAGAGAAAAAGAAACAUAAAAGGUCUUUAUCAGCUGGAGCUGCCCUGACUCCUGCAAAUGUUCAGUCUCCUCCUCCACCAGUCAAGCCAGUCUUUGGGGUUAAACUAGAAGUAGCAGUUGCAAGAAGCAAGAUUGCAGAUGGCCUUGAAAUGCCCACAAUCUUUAGACAAUGCAUCCAUUAUUUAGAAGAAAAUGGACUUGAUCAGGAGGGCUUGUAUAGAGUUUCUGGUGUAAAAUCCAAAAUAGAUGAGUUAAAAACUUUAUUUGAUCAUGGGACGAAAAUAGAUUUUGAUGCUGAAGAUCUUGAUCCAAACAUAGUUGCUGGUCUUCUUAAGCAAUAUCUUAGGGAGCUGCCUGAAAAUUUACUCACACAAACGUUGCAACCUGUGUUCGAUGCUAUAGUGGGUUUAAGGGAUGAACGGGAACAAGUAGAGAAAAUGAAGUAUUUGCUUGGAGAAUUGCCGAGGCCAAACUACACUUUGCUGUCAUGGCUCUUUGUGCAUCUUGAUCAUGUGAUGAAAAACUCCGCCCAGACUAAGAUGAGCAUCCAAAGCAUCAGCAUUGUGUUCAGUCCGACCAUGAACAUCAGCCAUGGUGUUUUGUAUAUUAUCCUCACAAAUGUCGAUACCAUAUUUCCAAACGUGAAAAUCAUCAAAUAUGUGGAACCUGCAGAGAAAGAACCGCAACUCAUUCAGCCAAAGUCCCCAAGGUCCUUAGCAGAAGAGUUGGCCAAACAGGAGGUGUUUCUUGAUAACUUAUAUGAAAAGAUGAAGCAAGAAGGCACCAAUGAAGAAGAAGUUAUGGAAAAGAUGUGGGAGGUUCAGAGAACAGUAACUCAACUGAAGCGAAAGCUGAAAACAAUUAGAAGGAGCGAGUUAGGACGAAGUGCUACUGAAGAUUCUUCGACUGUGAACACACACCCUGAAAGUAAGAUGGAAGAGCCAGAAACAGAGAAAAGUGAAGUCCUGGUAACGCGCAGCCGUAUUGAAGCAGAACCAGAAGCCAAAACAGUCAAAAAGGAAAUGGCGAGAAUUCCAGAUGAAAAUCAGUCUCAAGAAUCAAGGAAGAAAAGGCUCUUUGAGAUUGCAAAACAGCCGGAUGAAGAAAUUGAGUCCUCAAGGAGGCAAAGAAGAAAUGAAGAACAUAGCAGAAUCUUAGAUAAAUGCAAGGAUGUAAAGACAGCGAAGGAGGAAGUUGUGAGUGUAACGGAACAGAAAACAGAAGCGGAGGAUGGUAAAAAGGAGGGUAGUGUUGAUGGACAUGAGGUCACGGCACCAGUAGAGCCUGCUUUUAAUGAAGAUUUCGACGAUGACGAGGAUGAAGAUGAAGAUGAAGAAAUUGCCGAAUUGCUGCAGGAAGAACUAAGAUUGAAAAUAGAGCAAGAGGAACUUUUAGCGUUGUCAGCAAGACUGAAGGACCGGAUACAGCGGGAAUUAAACGAUGUUGAUCGACUAAGGAUGGAGGUUGAUGAAUUCAAAAGAAAAGAGGACCGGGCAUCUCCGGUCUCAUCGAGUGAUGACGAUUCAAGCGGAGAUGAUUCAGAUUCUGAGAGUGGAACCGAUUCGGAUUCAGACAAUUCUGAGCUGGAAAACAUUCUAAAAGAGCUACAGAAAGAAAAUGAAAAGCUAGAGAAUCAAACUGUCGACUUGGUAAAGGCUUUGGUGGAAGAAAACGACAAAUGUGUCCAGUUGAAGGUCGAAUUGAGAUUGAUCGAGGAAUGCAAGGGCUGAUGCCGCGGGAAGAAUGGUUCCAACAAAUCUAUCGCUUCCGAUGUUGGAGCACAUACACCUUCCAUAUCUUCAUAGAUACCUUGUGGCUAGUUUCCCAUUAGCAAGCCAUCAUCUGAUUCUUUAACUAAUUUUUUAAAUAGAUUUAUCGAGCAGCUAGUUUAACACAACCUUCUUAUGUUGCAGCUUAUUUUUUAGAAACUUCUUUCAUAAACGUACUUACAAGUGAGAUCUCUGCGAUCCAUUGAUGUCUGGCAGUAGUGUACCUGAAAGUGGUAUAUUCUGUAUUGAGGAUCAUUUUAGAAUUCAAAGUUCCCUUUUUGCAUAACAUUGGACUAUCAACGCUGUACGCUUGCUGUUUUAACUGGAAUUAUAAAUUUUAUUUGCUCAUCUAGAGUUAAGAGAUCGGAAGAGAGCCAUUGUGUACAAUAUAUUUAUAUUUGUCAGAAAGAAAUAUCUUGCGUUAUUAGGAGAUGCCCGAACAUAUGAAACAUUAUUUCAGUUUUCAGAGCAAAGUUUGAUAUAAAGAAUGGAUUAUGCAAAUUAAAUUUCUGAAAGUAAGCAACCUCUUUGAUAAAGCUUUAGUAUAACACACUUGCCUGAUUUAAUAAUUCCCUCCCAAAAUUUCUAGCAAUGUUUUGUAUUGGAAAAGGUAAAAUAUUUCGGGGCUUAUUUUCUUUUUGUUCGCUUAGACUACAGAUGGUCGUUCGAGAGCUCAGAUUUGAAAGUACCUUUUGGGGGUUUAGUAUACUGCAUUCUUGUGUUAAUGUUGCUUUCAUACUAAUAAAAAGUACAAUGAGCUUAUCUGUUCUGUAAUAAUACAGUUGAAUAAAAGAUAAAAGUAUUAUAUAUUUUUUCUUACAUAAUAUUAUUUUUUGUUACUUUCAUACAGUGACUUGUAUUUGUUAAAUGGAUUCAUUUUGUAUAUAUUAUAGAUACAAACCUAUAAUUUGUAUUAUAUUAUUUGAAGUAGAAUUCAGUACAGGGUGGUCAAUAUGUAUAUCAGACGGGUUUAUUUUACCUGUUCUUGCCCUCGGUUAAAAACCCCUGUGGAAUUUUUCGCUCGAACGUAUUAUAACAUUCAAAGUUAUUUCUUCUGUUCGCUUUCAGUCCUUAUGAGUGUCUUAAAGUUUUUCAAAUAAGAUAGAAACAUUGAAUUGUAAACGCAUAAUUGCUCUUGAAUGUUGUCAACGAAAAUUUUCGCCACAUAACAUCAAUCAUGUAAUUAUGCUGUUCUAUUAUAAUUAUUUCCGUAACACUGA